UAUAAAUCCAACCCUAGAAACAUCACUUACAGCACAAAAGCCUCUCCUUUUUGGCAUACAGUAUUUGCGGCAUAACACCUUCAAAAUCUUCACCUCUUAUCUAUCUAUCACCAAUAUUCUCAGCCGCCUUCUCAUCGGAAAUCUGACGUCAUUCAUGGCCGCCAGCACCGCUGUCAUCUUCCACCUUUUCCAGCAAGCUUUUUCGACUUCCAUUAUUAUUAUUGUUCCCACAAUUUCAACCAUUCACUAAAAGAACAAAAAAGAGAAAAAGAUUAAAUCUUUAUCUUUAUCUUACUCCGUUUCUUGAUAGUUUUUAUCAUACAUUCUGUGUGUGGGUUUGAUAGAAGAUACUGAAAAAGAAAUUGAGAGAUGGGUAUUUUAAGUAGUUAUAGUGUUUGCUUGAAACAGUCUGCUCUUCAGCUUCAGCUUCCCCAUUCUGUUUCAACUGAUUUCUAUAAGAGGAGGAGUGGUAAAUGGAGAUCUCCACAAGCUGCUGUAAUACCCAAUUUUCAUCUUCCUAUGCGUAGUUUUGAGGUCAAAAAUAGGACAUCAUCAGAGGAUAUAAAAUCUCUUAGAUUGAUAACAGCCAUCAAAACCCCAUAUUUACCUGAUGGUAGAUUUGAUCUUGAAGCAUAUGACGCCUUGUUGAAUAUGCAAAUUGUUAAUGGUGCUGAAGGUGUGAUUGUUGGUGGCACAACUGGUGAAGGUCAGUUGAUGAGCUGGGAUGAACACAUAAUGCUUAUUGGCCAUACAGUUAACUGCUUUGGUGGUUCAAUCAAGGUCAUUGGAAACACUGGAAGCAACUCUACAAGGGAAGCAAUUCAUGCCACAGAGCAAGGCUUUGCUGUUGGUAUGCAUGCUGCUCUUCACAUCAAUCCUUAUUAUGGUAAAACCUCUUUGGAGGGUUUGGUUUCUCACUUUGAUAGUGUUUUACCUAUGGGCCCCACUAUUAUUUAUAAUGUCCCAUCCAGAACUGGCCAAGAUAUCCCCCCAUGUGUGAUUCACACUAUAGCACAGAGUCCGAACUUGGCAGGUGUGAAGGAAUGUGUUGGUAAUGAUCGGGUGGAAGAAUACACAGAGAAAGGAAUUGUGGUGUGGAGUGGGAAUGAUGAUCAGUGCCAUGAUUCUAGGUGGAACCAUGGAGCUACUGGAGUAAUAUCUGUUACUAGCAACUUGGUCCCGGGCUUAAUGCGACAACUUAUGUUUGAGGGGAAGAACCCUGCACUGAAUUCAAAACUUUUGCCUCUCAUAGAUUGGCUGUUUCAGGAGCCCAACCCUAUUGGAUUGAACACAGCUCUUGCACAACUUGGAGUCGUGAGACCAGUUUUCAGGCUACCAUAUGUACCUCUUCCUCUGGCACAGAGGGUAGAGUUUGUGAAUUUAGUGAAGGCAAUAGGGCGUGAGAAUUUUGUAGGAGAAAAAGAUGUUCGAGUUCUGGACGAUGACGACUUCAUAUUGAUAGGUCGGUAUUAAUCAGGUUGUGUUGUUUAGGACGACCUUUAGAUCGAGUUCAAUGACUAGUUUGUUUCUUAAAUUUCAGUUACAAAUAAGGCUUCUUUCUUUAUAGUUGAUACCUUGUUAAAUAUGGAUGAAAAUGUAGUGCUUGACUGAUGGGAUUGUGCUAAAUGCAGUGCGCUUUUAAUAUUCAAAAAAUCUCAAUUCAGGUUUC